AUGACACGUCGGGCAGCAACCCUGCCACUGCUCAGAGGCAACACCACAUUGGAGUCAGCGCUGGAGCAAGAGGAGGAUGUUCUCCUUGACUUAGAUUACCCAGAACAGCGCAUUGAUUUCUUUGUGUUGCUGUACAGCAAUCGUGAUGAUAUUGAGCGUAUUGCCUCAUAUCAUCUCGGUCUAGGUCCUUCGGAUACUUGCAGGACUGGCGAUGUAAAGGAAUGGGCCCAUGGCAGCUUCAAUGUUUGCAUUCCGCUCUAUAUCAGUAAACAAGGUCAAGAUCUAAGAAAACAUGCUCUUAUUAGGUUUCCCUUGCCCUACAAAAUAGGGGAAUUCAAAACCCCCGGCAAUGUGGACGAGAAACUGCGCUGUGAAGCUGCAACUUUUAUUUGGAUACAUACGCAUUGUCCGGAAAUAUCUAUUCCUCGGCUGUGGGGGUUUGGACUUGUUGGAGGCCAAAGCACAUUACUCGAAACCGGGUACUUGGUGAUGGACUACAUUGGCAACUCGGAAGUUCAAAUGCUUUCAGAGACAUGGGAUGAAGACCGUCAUGAGCAAGUCAAAAGAACAAAUCUCUUUCGCGGGCUUUCACGGAUGAUGCUCUCUUUAAGUCAGAUACCACUCCCCUGCAUAGGAUCAUGGACCCUCGACUGCAAUGGAGUUUUGCAACUUUCCAACCGACCUCUCACUCUUCGACUCCAUCAAUUAGAAAACGGGGGAAUUCCGACUAACAUCAGUCGGAGCUUGACCUACUCAGCAGCGGACGUAUACUACCUCGAUCUUUUGUCUUGUCAUGAUAAUCGCAUACGGUAUCAGCCAAACUCUAUAAGCGAUGCGGAUGAUGGCCGAGCCCAGAUAGUAAGAUUGACGAUAAUGAAAGCGCUCCUACCUCAUUUUUCUAACAAAGCGCUUCGACAAAGGCCCUUCCUUUACAGACUCACUGAUCUCCAUCCUAGCAACAUAUUCGUCGACAGCGAUUGGAAUGUCAAGUUUGUGAUUGAUCUCGAAUGGGCAUGCUCACUACCAGCGGAGACGUUGCGUCCUCCGUACUGGUUGACCGGUUGUUCAGUCGAUGAACUAACAGGCGGGCAUCUUGAAACCUUUAGUGAGGCCUACGAAGAGUUUGUUGGUAUUUUUGAGGAGGAAGAAAAACAGUUUUCCCCUAUCAACAAUGACCAUUCUUAUAGGACAAAUCUUAUGAGAAAUGGUUGGCAAGUCGGAAACUUUUGGUAUUUCCAUGCUUUGGACAGCCCGAAAGGUCUAUUCAACCUCUUUUCUCAACAUAUUUACCCCCUUUUUGCACCUUCUAGUCAGUCAAAGGACGAUUUUGCACGGAUUGUAUCGGACUUCUGGGCUCCCGAUGUUGAAAAGGUGUUAGCUGCCAAGCUUCGGGAUAAGGAGGAGUAUGAAAAGACGCUUCGUCAAAGGUUCGAGGAUGCUGUUGUUAGUGAGGAAGAUCGGGAUUCAGAGCAUUAA